CACGUGCUUAAGAAAAAUGGCGAAGUUACGAAUCCUCUGUUUACAUGGAUACAGGCAAAACGAGUCGAUAUUUAGAGAAAAAAGUGGUGCUCUGAGGAAAUUACUCAAGCGAGAAGCCGAAUUCUUUUUCGUAAACGCACCACACAUCAUCACAGGAGACCCAGGCAACUUAGAAAGACCAUUGGAGUUACAAGAGAGGGCGUGGUUCUUCUCAAGACCCGACCACACCUACAAGGGAACAGAUACAACUGAAACAUGCAUUGGUCUGGAAGAAUCGAUUCAUUUCCUAGAGGAGGUAUUUAAGGAGCAAGGACCGUUUGAUGGUAUACUAGCCUUUAGUCAAGGUGCUUGUCUUCUAUCCAUUAUUACAGCAAAUGAAAGGCCCUCUCCAAUAGCUUACAGAUUUCUCAUAUUUGUUUCUGGUUUUAAAUCACUUUUGUCAAGUCAUUCACAUACUUACCCUCCCUCAAUCGGCGUCCCUUCCUUUCACAUAUUUGGCAAAACCGAUGCCGUCAUACCACAAGAAAUGAGUCGAGAUCUUUGCCAGCUGUACCCAAACUCCAUUCAGUACACACACAAAGGAGGACACUAUGUCCCAGCAUCUCCAGAUCUCCGAAACUCACUCAGAGAUUUUCUAAGACCUUUUCUGGACUGACGAAAGAUGGGUCCCCUAGCCCAUCUCCAUUCAAAUACACACGAGCACACAACUUGCAUCCCUGCUUGCACUCUCUCUAUCUCUCUCUUGAACAGAACUCUUACUAUAAACUGUAUACUUUUGUAUUUAACAUUCAAAAGGUGGGUGCUAUCUCCUUGGAUUGAAAUAUGGUUUGGUUUUUGACAGAACUUGUUGAUGUAAGAAAGAGCAAGGAAUUACAAAUUGAGUAGAAAAAUCACAUUUCAUUUAUAA